AACAUGAAGAAGGCCUGGAGGUGUUGAAGCUUUUGGGAGCCUGGAGUCAUCUCAUUGGGGAACAGCACCCAACAAUGGUUCCUCUAUAGGUGGGAUCCCCAAUAUCAUGACCAAGCAUGAGGAUGUGUGACAGAGGUGUCCAGAUGUUAAUCACCACCGUGGGGGCCUUUGCAGCUUUCAGUCUGAUGACCAUAGCUGUGGGCACAGAUUACUGGUUAUACUCCAGAGGUGUCUGUAAGGCCAAAUCCACUAACGACAAUGAAACUAGCAAAAAAAAUGAAGAGGUGAUGACCCACUCGGGACUGUGGAGAACAUGCUGCCUUGAAGGAGCAUUUCGAGGGAUGUGCAAGAAAAUUGAUCACUUCCCGGAGGACGCAGAUUAUGAACAGGACACGGCGGAGUAUUUACUGCGUGCUGUCCGCGCUUCCAGUAUCUUCCCAAUCCUCAGCGUGGGUCUUCUGUUCUUUGGGGGUCUUUGUGUGGCUGCCAGUGAGUUUUACAAAAACAAGCACAAUGUUAUCCUCAGCGCGGGGAUCUUCUUUGUCUCAGCAGGAUUGAGUAACAUCAUUGGGAUUAUUGUCUAUAUUUCGGCUAAUGCUGGCGACCCGGGCCAAAGCGACUCAAAGAAGAGCAACUAUUCCUACGGCUGGUCCUUUUACUUUGGGGCUCUUUCUUUUAUUAUCGCGGAGAUGGUGGGAGUUCUAGCCGUCCAUAUGUUCAUCGAGAAGCAUAGGCAAAUCCGAGCCAAAUCCCACUCUGACCUCUUCAAGAAAUCAGCUUUCUCUCGGAUUCCCAGCUACCGAUACCGCUUCCGAAGACGCUCCAGCUCCCGCUCUACUGAGCCUCGAUCCCGAGACCCAUCGCCCGUCGGCAAAAGUUUCAACCCCAUUCCCACUAGCGACAUCUCCUUGUACACGCUGACCGCCCGUGACCCUACCAAGGUGACCGUGGGCUCCUUGCUAAAUUCUGAAAGAGAACAUAAUUUUCUUCAGGUCCACAAUUCCAUCCCGAAGGACUACAAAGACUCUUUACACAACAACCCUUCCAACAGACGCACCACCCCCGUCUGAUCCUUCCCGUUCGGGGAAAGAAAUUACGAAAAACUAGCCUUGAAGAAAAACCUGUAACGAGGCGAGGAACCCUAAAUUGGUUCCUCUACGUUCUACAAGAACCCAUGGAGACUCAUGAUGCUGCGAUCUUCACCAACGUACCCAUGUAUGACGCGCCACCUUCCGGAAGCUGAGAAUUUUCAGACUCACUUUCACGUCACGUACAUUCACAAGGAAAAAAAAAAUGAAAA